CAAGCGCAGAGCGUGCAGACUGCAGCAUUUCAAUUGAGGUUUUUGUCUACGUUAGUCGGCGCUUGGCAGUUUGUCUUUGUGUAGACAUGGAUCGUCGGGCUCACACAAUUCUCUUGAUGCAACCAACACGCAAGGCAGAGUCAAGAACGUAUGCAGACUACGAGACAAUAAUAGAAUGCAUGGAAGGUUUGUGUAAAGUUUUCGAAGAGCACCUCAAGCGUCUCAACCCCACCAGUUCACAGAUUACAUACGACAUUAGUCAACUAUAUGAAUUCAUCGAGAGCUUCACAGAUCUGAGUGUGCUUGUAUUUCAGAAAUCGAGUAGCACGUAUUCUCCGUUUGGAAAACCGUGGAUUAAAGAGCGGAUCUACACAAUGCUUCGCAAGCAAGCGGGGCAGUAGUAGCGGUAGAGACCAGAGAAGACGCACGUAACGCGCGUUAAAGUUUUAGAUGUGCAUGGUUUCUUUGUGACGUUUUGCACACGUAAAUGGUGCUUUAUAACCAUUAAAUCAAUCUAGUCGGCAACAGCUCGUUGUAUAGAUAUUUGUAGAAAAUACGAAGUUUCUAAGCGUGCAGCAA